CUAAAACACCCAUUGUCUCUUUCAGCCGUUGUGGCAGGGGAUCAUAGAAGUUGUAGUCCAACAGCAGCUGGAGCCCCACAACCGAGAACCGCUCUGGGGCAUAAAAUAGGUCAUUCCGCAGUACGCUGGGGGAAUGGGAGGGGAGCGGGUCUGGCAGUAGAAAGCAUGAAUUGUUCCUUUUGUUGAGGGGAGAGGGAGACACACAUGCAUGCUGCAAUAAGAGCCUCCCUAUCUCUGACAACUUUUAGAAACUCUCUAAAGACACAUUUAUUCAGCCCAGCUUUUUAACUAGACUUGUGGUUUUAAGUUUUUAAGGUCUUAACUUUUUUUGUUUUGUUUUAUGUUGUUGUAAACUGCCCAGAGACAGAAAUUUGGGGUAGUGAACAAAUAGAAUAAAUGAACAAGUUCCCCUGUGGGAACAGAGUGAAGCUCAGUGGUGUGUUUGUGUUGCACCAUUCCCCAGGUAGACUCCUGCCAAAACAAAAAUGGCAGUCUUUAUGGCAGGGAUGAGGAAGAAUCCUAUAAGAAGACCUGACGACUUUGCUUCUACUUCAGUCUCAGGGAAGAGAGAGAAUGGCAGCUGCUUCCCGGUCCUGGAGGUCUCCAUUGUCUCCUCGCACCAGUUACCACUCUCUUGAGGGGCCUCUUAGUCCACACUUCAAAAGAGAACCAGGAAAUCCGGCCUGCGGACAAAGGAACUGUCACUCUAGGGCUCUUAAUGCCUCUUGAUUGGGAGAGUCGAGCGAGCACGCACUGCGCAGGCGCACAAAGCACCGGCGAAAUCAGCGUUUUCAGCGCGGAAGGGACGGCAAACCCAUAGAGAUAGGCAAAGGGUGACGGAACAGCCCUCACUUCCGGCUUCGAGUCGACUGGGUGGGGAAGAAACCCAAAGUGGGGGUGUCGGCGAAACGCCUUUCUUCCCCCCCGCUGCUAUCUCUCAGUCUCUACGGCGCCCCUUUUCAGUGGAGAGCGCAGGCUCCCUAGUCCCUCCUCCCCACCUCUGCUUCGAGCGCCAUAGGGGAACCGGAAGUGUCCCAUCCCCUCAGGGCGGAGCUCGUAACCCUCCCCCUUGGUCUCAGGCCGGGCGUCUAGGCCGGUCUCCGCGGCGCAUGCGCGGAGGGGCGGGAGCGCCGAGCCGGCUCUGAGGAGGAGGAGGAGGAGAGGAAGCGGCGGCGGCGGCAGCGGGGAGCAGCAGUAGCGGCGGCGCCAUGAGGGCCGGGCGGGGGCUCCCACGUGCGCAGAGAACCCAAGGCCCCAUGUGCUAGUGGCUGCCUGCCAUGCUGGCCUGCCUGCCGGGACCAGGCGACCUCUCCCUUCCGCUGCUUUCUUACCCGCAGAUGAACGCUGGACUUCAGAAAUGGGACACUACACAGAAAAUGAGAGCCACACAGCACCCUACUCCAGCAGAGUUGGACGCGUAUGCUAAGAAGGUGGCCAACCAUCCUCUGACUAUCAAAAUUUUCCCCAACAGCGUCAAGGUUCCCCAGCGGAAACACGUUCGUCGUACUGUGAACGGGCUGGACACUUCCGGGCAGAGGUACAGCCCUUACCCACCGUCCCAGGCUGCGGUGAAAACGGGCCUGCUGGCCAUUGUUCGGUCCCCGGCCAAAGGGAUCCUCAAGGACUUUGACGGGACCCGUGCCGCCCGCCUGCUGCCAGAAGCCGUGAUGAACCCCCCUUCUGCCCCCUACGCGGCACCCAGCACUUUAAGCCACCCCCAGGCGUUGGCCCGCCAGCAGGCGCUGCACCACGCCCAGAGCAUGGCCCAGCAGCACCCUCAGGGGAUCCCCCCGGCCCUGCAGCACCCCCAGGCCAUGGCCCACCCGGCCCUGCAGCAGCCCCCGCCGGCCGGCUUGCACGGGGGCCGGAAGAUCCCCGACGCCGACGCCCCCCCGAAUGUGACUGUGUCUACCUCAACCAUCCCCCUCUCCAUGGCUGCCACGCUGCAGCAGAACCAGCCCCCGGACCUGAGCAGCAUCGUGCACCAGAUCAACCAGUUCUGCCAGGCCCGCGCGGGCGUCAGCGCUACCUCAGUGUGCGAGGGACAGAUCGCCAACCCCAGCCCCAUCAGCCGCAACCUCCUCAUCAGCGCGAGCACCAGGGUAUCUGCUCACAACGUCCCCACGCCCCUGCCUUCCUGCGUGGUGAACCCGGGCGACCACGCCGCUGCUGCCACCAGUCUCCCGCCACCUGCCGCAGCCGCCAUGGGAGUCCCCCUGGGGGGCUUGGGCCGGGGCCCGCCGGCGUACCAAAGUGAAAUGAAGCAGGUGGCCGCCUGGAACCAGCACCAGCUGGCCCACCUGCAGCAGAUGUGUGGAGAGGCGGUGGGCCCCCCGGGGCUGAUGGGAAAGCCCCCGGCCCGCGACCUGGCCAGCCAGGGCUUCCCCAGCAAAGCGCCCGGCUACGCCCUGGAACUGUGCAUGGGCCAGCCGUUCAGCGUGAAGCCCCCUCUGGAGAAGCCCACCCCCUCGCCCCCCGUCAACGGCUUGCCAGGCCCCCUGCCCUACACCAACGGGCACUACUUCCAGCCCCUCUGGAAUAACAUUCUGCCCACCCCGAACAGCGACAGCUCCGGCUCCCAGGACCUGGCCAUGCCUUUCCAUGGCGGGGGGCAGCCGAUGGGGGCCGCCCUGGAGUGCACGGCUGGACCUCACUACCGAGCUGGGGCCGGGGCCCCCGGCCAGAGCGCCGUGAUGCAGACGAUGGAAUACCUGAGCGGGGACUUCCAGCACUCCUGCCUCCGCGAGCCGGGCGGGGGGGCGCUGAGCAAAGCCUCCCGCCCCUCCCUGAACCGGGCCCCUGAGCCUCCCGAUAGCCGAAGCCUUCAUAUUCAGCACCCAGGGUAUAGAUAAGGCAGUGGUCACUUUCACUGACAAAGCGCUAGGGUUAGUCUUAAUUUGAAUUAAUAAGCAAGGCGUGCGGCUGGGUGUGGUCUGUUUUUUUAACUUGCAAACUGGCGUGAUCAUUAUCGUUAACGGCUGGAGACCGGAGAGAAUCCGCUCCGGUCCUCCUCUGUGUCUUUCCCCCUCUGCCUGCCUGCCUGCCUGCUUCCAGUGAGUCUAUCACAUGCCCUUCUCAGCUCAGUUCACCCCCCCACCCGGGGUCCUGAGCCCACUUUCUGCCGUGCGGGGCUGAGUCAGGGAGUGCAACGGCUUCGGUUUCCCUCUCUGGCUCCUCUGUCCGUGCAUCCCAGGAAGGAGUUCUGUUCAUCAGCUCCCAAACCCACGGGGGUGGACCCGUUUUUGAACCCUUUCCUACAGCGUCAAAAUGUUCUGCUUUGCUAAUUGGGAGGUUCUUGGUUUGGGUAACCACAGGGCAUCAAGUGGCUUGUCGGCACACUGGAAUUUUUUUUUUGAGGGGGGAGGGGUGCUGGCUUUCUUUCCCCCCCCCACACGCACAAGAUUUGUGCCCCCGUUUCUGCUCUCCUGGAAAAGCUGUGAAGGGGCUAAAUCAGCUGGCAUAGGGUUUAAAUUCCCACCCCCCAACCCUGUCAACCUGCCCCACAAGGGUCUGGAGUGCUCCCACAUUGCUUUGGGUUGCCUCGAGCUACCAAUCCAAUUCUCUCUCUUGCUUUGGUCUCCACUGCCAAUGAAGCAUAAGCGGAGGGAACCUCUGAGGACGGGGUGUGUGGGGGGGGCACUUUUAGCCUGACCCUCUUGCGUGGUGGUGACCUGUGACAGUUGGGGGCAUGGCAUAUGCUGUUGUGGGGAGGUGUUUGUGUGCUCCCUCCUUUCAGUUGGUGCUCGAGUUCUCCACCCGCUAGUUUUCCUAAGGUUCUUGGCUCGUUGAGUCAGGUCCUUUCUAGAGGCAGGGGAAGGGGACUGGGCUCUGGCGGCAGGUUCCUGGAGUGCCGGCAGAGCAGCAGGAUGCCCCCACCCCUGCCUUGGGGACCGAUCCGACCCUUGAGCCGUCCACGCUUCUGGACGUGUGGUUGGGUCAGGAGCGGCCCUUCGUGAGGCAAGGUGAGCUGGUGGGUGGCAAGAGGCCCCCUCCUGCUGUCCCCACUGGAGCAGCUCUUUGGGGCCACUCUGACCCUUGCCGGGAGCACGGCUAGCAAACCUCCCCUCCGCCCCAGCAGAGCUUGGCAAGGGGCUGGCUCCCGCCAGGGGAGUCCCUGGGUCAGGCUGGCCACGGUCUCUUGCUGGUGCCUUGCGCUCUGGACUGCACAGCUCUUGGGGAGGGAGGUGCGUGGGGCUGGCUCUUUGGAAAGGUGCUAGGGAUGCCGGGGCCCGCAGGCAGCUGCCUGUGAGCUUCUCGCAAGGCUGUCCUGUCGGUUUCAGCGCUGGCCCGUGUGGGCGCAAGUACUUAGCUGGAUGCCACGUACAGAGGCUUUCCCAGUGUCCGUGUUGGCUCGGCAGAAACUAACAAACAAAAUGAACGUAUAAUGAUCACUGUCAAGUUUGGAAUUUAAAAAACACACGACUGCAGCUGCCUUUUUAAAUUCUUUCUCUGUACACUGGCGAUGGCUGUACACUGUAAACUCGGACGUGUAAUAUUUCUGUGUGAAUGUUACCUGGUAGCGUGGGUCUGAGUAGCACUGUGGGGGUGAUUCCACUGCCCUCCCUCCCCUCUCCCUGCCCCACAGCCCUGCGGGUCCGCCGCCACCCGCAACGAAGCCUUAAGGUGCUGCUCCUCCAACUCUCCUUAACGAGCCGGGGUUAAAACCCUAAAGCGAACAGACAGAAACUUUUCAAAAAAGAAAGACGGCAAACUUCACCAACGUUAAAGUGGCGUCCUAGUUGGCUAGAGUUCUUAAGGGUUUUUCAUAAGCGGGGGAACUUAGAAACCGUUCUAAUCUGUGUAUCUUUUGAUUUAGGCAUGUAGUUCUGGGCUGUAGGGGAAAGCCUUAGGUUUCAGGGCUUCGCUGCCACUUUCCUCUGGACUUCCUGCCCCCUUAAGGCAUAAUCCUUAACCCCACCCUGGUAACUUUUAAAAUUCCCCGAGAAAAGUAUUAGGGGCGGAAACCCACCACCAUUCUUUAGCGCUGUCUCUUUAGAGCAAGACUGUCAUCUGAACUUCUUUUUUUUAAAAAGUGGAUUUAAAUUUGUGUCGGCUUGCGUUGCCUUAACAGGUGCCCGGACCGUUCUGCCAAAUCCUAGGGACACACAGGCUCUUAACUUGCUUCCCCAUCAUAUUCCUGCAGCCUCUGUGUGUGUGUGGGGGGGGGGGAAUGGGUCAGCACGCAUCAGUGAAAGAAGGGCAGUCCCACUCACUCGAUCCCAAAUUUUCCUUCAGUCCAUUUCCCUUGCAACAUGUAAGCACCGCCCCCUGUGCCCCGCGCCCCCGGUGCCCCUCAGCAAUCUUCCGGGGCUGGGCUGUGAUCUUGGAAAUGCUCUUGCCUCUCUCUUUCCUCAGCUUCCUGUAAGAUGUUCUGAUACCUGGACACGUUGACUCAAUAAAACCUUUGCUGCCA